GUCCAGUAUAUAAAUGACGUGUGACGUGCGGCAGCUGAAGACAGACCAACGCUCUCCAAAAUGGCGAACCGCGACAAGGAACUGGAAGAGGAGAUUUACGACAAGGUCGUCGAUCUGACAGAAUAUGCCAAACGACAGCGAUGGUGGAACCGCCUGUUCGGGAAGAACUCUGGUCCAGUAGCAGAGAAAUACUCUGUGGCCACCCAGAUUGCCAUAGGAGGAGUGAGUGGAUGGUGUGCCGGUUAUCUGUUCCAGAAAGUUGGUAAAGUUGCAGCCACAGCAGUUGGAGGAGGUCUUCUAAUGUUGCAGAUAGCGAACAACAGUGGCUACAUCCAAGUGGAUUGGAAGAGAGUAGAGAAGGAUGUCAACAAAGCGAAGAAGCAGCUAAAGAAGGGAACAAAUCAAGCAGGUCCUGAGCUAAACACAUUUAUUGAGAAGUCCACAGAGUUUGUGAAGAAAAACAUCGUCGUCACAAGUGGCUUCAUCGGCGGAUUCCUGCUCGGACUGGCGUCUUAGGGUCUGCCAAACAAGAAGCGUUUGUUUGCUUAAUGUUAUGAGAAACUAUAGAGAAAAAUAAUAAGUCACUGCUGGAAGGUUUUAAGUGUUUUUGACAGCAAGCAACCAGUUUCAGCUUAGCUUGUGGCCGUAUGUGUCAACAUAAGCUGCACAUCUUUUUGUCUGUGAUACUGUACUUCUACAUGACAAUCACGCAGUCGAUAUGGACGCGGGACAUAAACCAGAGAUGCCCUCUUAAACCACUCCGCUUUGUUGGCCAAAUAAUGAUACAUAUCAUGCAAAAUUAAUGUAAAGAAUACGCACAGGUCACCAGAGUGUUGUAAUUUUGUAUUUAUUGAUUUUUUACCAAACCGAUAUUGUUCAAGCUCAACUAAAUUCAAGUGAAAUACAAUAAUGGCUCCAUCAGCAUUUUCCCCGGUUACUAGGUCGCACCCCUCCCUGCUCUCUAGCAUCAUACGGAAAAUGGUGUGAGAGUGACUGGUCCUCUAGUUAAUUUUUGUCUUACUGUAGUGGCGAUUUUCUUCAGCUUUCCGAAUCCAUACCAGGGCUUGUGCUGGAGACGUAGGGAGCUCCUCAGUCAUAUCAGAUUGUCUCUUGGAUUUCCAGGGUUUCCUCACUAUUGUUCCAGAUGAAUAGAUUAUGCACUCAUAUUGUGCUCAAUUCAGGCAACAGUUGGACAAGUUGAUUCAACUUCACACAGCAGGAGGUGCCUACAUGAUUCUAGCAGUUCCACAUGUCGUAAUCAAUCAUUGUGUAAACUUGAAUUGUGCUGAUGGAUAUUGGAUUGUUUUGCCUUUACAAGAGGUGCUAAAUGUUUGCUGGAUUAUGUCAGCCUUCCCCUGCAUCUCUUUUUUUAUGUGUUUUGUUGAGCAAUGAAUUGAUGGAGACUGUGAUUUGUCUACUGUGUAAGUAAAUAAAAAGGAAAUGUCA